AGGACCCUGAGUUCAGUGGCUUCUUCACCCGUAUGUGCUCCCCGUCAAGGGCACCAAUACAGUUGGGGAAUUGUGCCCUCUCCAGGAUGCCCUGGGCAAUCUGAAGCCACUGCUGCCUUGUUGGUUAUGGCAGCUCGCAGUCGCAACCAAAUGGUGGCACAGGUUGCCUUCACUAUACCAGCAAUUGUGGGGGUCCCCAUUCGAAAUUCAAAAUAUAAGGAAGAAAAUGAAUUUCCUGUGGCCAAAAAUCUGUGAAAUUAAAAAAAAACUAUCAUGGAACGGUCAAAACACUAUCACCAUCCACUUUAUUUAGUUAAUAUGCAACUUUAAAUCAUCUAUAUAUCAGGAAUAAAUGAUUUCUUUGUUUACAAAUAUUGGCAUACCUCAGAGUUAUAAUUAGCCGUUCCUCAGCUGAAACCCAACGCCGCAUGUUGGUGUCCAUGAAGGUCAAGCCAGGCCUCAAUCCACCAAAAGCAGAUCAAAUGAUGUGAUCGACAUCCGACAACAAUUAUAACAUUUUGCAGGGUGCUCGCGUAGGUCUGCAUACAGACUCGUAAACUGACCUUUGCAAGCCCUCUGCGAAAUAAUAGGAUGAACCCACAUCCUCUUCCUCCGCGGUUCCUCCUCAAGCAUUUCUCUCCGCUCUCCAAAGCAUCAGUUCACACAACAGUAUUUUUUUACUGACAGUGGGUCAGUGAAAAAAAAAUCACUGGAGACACGCACUACUUUGGUCCGUGAUGCAGACCACCACACGCCCAUUAAAGUCUAUGGGUGUCUAGGGCAUCCGUGUUGCGUCCUUGUUUGGUCUGUUUUUCGUGUACCAUUGUUGGAGAUGCUCUGGAAAUUCAUUUAAAGCCUCAUUCACAUGUCACAGUAUUGGUCCGUGAUUUCCAUCAGUAAUUGUGAGCCAAAACCUGCAGUGGACCUACACAGAGAUACGUUAUAAAGCCUCCUACACACAUCCAUGUCCAUACUUAAGUCAGUGAUGCAUCCGUGAAGCUGCACCUGGUUUUGGCUCACAAUCACUGAUGGAAAACACUGACCAAACACUGAUGUGUGAAUGAGGCAUAAAGCUGAGCAGUGUCCACGGAAAAGGGUGACACACAGAAAUCUUCACGGAUGAAACAGGGACUGAUUUUUUCACAGACGUCAAACGAACACGGAAAUGUGAACAGGGCCUAACGCAGCUAUCUAACGCGUAUAGGAAGCGUCUGACUCAAGAAACCCAGUAUGUGUGUCUGCUGCAACCCCUGGGCCGACCGCGGCUCCCCCGACCCAAACUGACUGUAUCACUCUGAUUGCGGUGCUAAAGCAGCGUACCCCCAUCAUCAUAUGAGUACAUUGCAAUAGCCCCGCAAUCAGAUAUGAACUGACUGUAUCAUAAAUUACUACGAUAGUUCACAGCCAACCCGGCCCCCUCAGCAGCAUUAUACAAUGAGAUUGUAUACAGAGACACUGUAGGAAACGGCCGGAGCGGCAGUCGGGCCUCUUCUGAGAGCGUGAUCUUGACUAGCCUCAGGCGUUGGGGUUGUGAAAAAGUUGCUUGGUGGAGUGUCAUUCAAAAAUUUGGGGGCUGUGGGGCCCGGUCAUUUCUAGUUACGCCACUGGACUGAGCUGAAGUUUAAAUCCAUGUGUCAGCACAGGGCAGAGUACUGUUUGCCCCUGUAAUUCCUCUGGACAGAGGCGAUAGUCUACACGGGCAAUGAUCGGGAACAAGCAUUGCUCAGGCAGUAAUCAUCUCCUCUGUAUGGGGGAUGAACUACGCUCGCUCAUCCCCAUAAGUUCCAAUGGUUUUAGGUGCCCCAUAGAAGAUGCGCUCAUCAGAGGGUGAUCGGCAGCACCUUUGACGUGGGGCAAUUAUUGGGAACAAGUAUUCAUCCCUGAAAUAAUUCUGAUCCUUGUAAAAGGGCCCUAACAGUCAAAAAAAUGGAUGUCAGCUAUUGAGCCUGGGUUGUUGAAGGGGUUCUCUCGCCCUAUUGGCCCCGCUCUCUCCUAGUGUCUGGCGGUCAGUGUCAUGGAUACAUAUGUCCUUCAUGGGGAGAACCAGUUAUCAUAUUGACAGGUUAGAGGGCUGGUAAGUGUCCCCUCUAACCCAUGACACUGCUGUGUGGGGCUGGCACUGCCCUGUCCCUCUCUCCGCCCCCCUGUGUCGCAGCUGUCUCCUGGCGGCCUCUCAGGCUGUGUGUCCCCGGCGCCCAGUGCCUGCAAGUGCCGGCCUCACCUCUCCGUACGUGCCGCAGGCCGCAGCAGCAUUGCGCAUGAGCGAGAUCGCAGAGAGCCCGUGAGAGCGGAGAACACCACUCACACUCACCGGGAGGCCGAGCACCAACAUGAACAAGUUGAAAUCCUCGCAGAAAGAUAAAGUUCGGCAGUUUAUGAUCUUCACACAAUCCAGUGAAAAGACUGCAGUAAGUUGCCUGUCCCAGAAUGACUGGAAGUUAGAUGUGGCCACAGACAACUUUUUUCAGAACCCUGAACUCUAUAUCCGAGAGAGUGUAAAAGGCGCAUUGGACAGGAAGAAAUUAGAGCAGCUUUAUAAUAGAUACAAAGACCCUCAGGAUGAAAAUAAAAUUGGAAUAGAUGGCAUCCAGCAGUUCUGUGAUGAUUUGGCACUUGAUCCUGCCAGCGUCAGUGUAUUAAUUAUUGCCUGGAAAUUCAAAGCGGCCACACAAUGCGAGUUUUCAAAGCAGGAGUUCAUGGAUGGUAUGAUUGAAUUAGGGUGUGACAGCAUAGAAAAGUUAAAAGCACAGUUACCGAAAAUGGAACAAGAAUUAAAAGAGCCGGGCAAAUUUAAAGACUUUUAUCAGUUUACAUUCAACUUUGCAAAAAAUCCAGGGCAAAAAGGUCUAGACUUAGAGAUGGCCAUUGCCUAUUGGAAUUUAGUACUAAAUGGAAGAUUUAAAUUCCUAGACUUAUGGAACAAGUUUUUAUUGGAACAUCAUAAACGAUCAAUACCUAAGGACACGUGGAAUCUUUUACUAGAUUUCAGCACAAUGAUAGCAGAUGAUAUGUCGAACUAUGAUGAGGAAGGAGCAUGGCCAGUUCUCAUUGAUGACUUUGUGGAGUUUGCACGUCCUCAAAUUGCAGGGACAAAAAGUACAACAGUGUAGCACUAAGGAACCUUGUAGAAUGUACAUAGUCUGUACAAAGUAACACAACAGAAAAUUGCACAGUCAAACUACUUCUGGCUGGACUACAGUGAAUCGGCCCUUUCAGCAGUUUGAAGGGUUGAACAGACAUUUUGAGACCUCUUAAGACCAUAUCCGAUUUCAUUUUCUUUUUUUUUUGGUGGUUUGGGCCUCUCUACUAGACCUGGAACGCAAUUUCCACUUCAUGUUUCCAUAUGGUGGAUUUCAUCACAUAUCUGUGGAAUAUCCUAGUUUGCUAACUCAUAACAUCUUCUGUCACAUGACUUCUGUGGCUUUCACAUUCUCAUAUAGCACAAUGGCGCCUUCAUCUGCUAACUUCAUCAUGGCCUUAGUUUUGGAGCCUAUGCAGGCAGCACCCCACCAGAUGGAGUGCUGCUCUUCUAUAAAGCAAAAGUGUGGUUCAUCAUGGCCUGGAUUUCAGCAACACAAAGGUAAACCCCUGCUUGUAAAUACCAAAGUGUUUGGCGGAAGUGGAGAGGACUCUCAAAUCAACAAUCAUACGAUGAUUUUCUUCGUCAUCCUUGUUAGAUUUUGGAUCAUUUUCUGAAAAUAUUCUGUAUUUUUAAGAAACAAAACUGCACUUAUUUCUUACUCUAGGAAGAAGUCAAGGUUUGUAUUAGAGUCUGUGCUAGUGGUUGGUGUCAGUACACUUCUAUGAUGUUGGUAUUUACAGAGAUGAACAUUCACUCCACUUUCGUUUAAAGGAGGAUAGAUUUUUGGUCCGUCUUUUGUCUCAUCAGACCUCCCCCCCACCCUUUUGUUUUUUUGCUGCUCUUUGUACAUCUGUCUGUAUCCCUGUAUGGGAUUUUUACAGAAGAGGAAGGUCAAUGCGUAUACUCAUUAAAUCAUACAAUGCAUUUCUACACAAGAGAGAUGGUCAGCUAAAAUAAUAACAAAAAAAACUGUUAAUUUGGGGUCAUAUCUUCUGUAAUGGCUGACUUGUCAUGAAUUAUUUUAAGAAACGAGGCGUCCCAGCUCCAGAAUGCCAAGCUCCGUUUUUGUUUUCUUUUAAAAUCUGGAGGUAUCCAUAAAAUAUUUAAUUAACUUGAUUUUGGUGUCGUGUUCAUUAACACUUCACUCUUCCCUUUUAGUCUUUUGCCUUUGUCAUUUCCAACUAACAUGUGCCAGUUAUUAUUGUCUUUUACUUUUUAAAAAUUUCAAUGAACAGGACAUGGAGUAAGGAUGCAAUGACGUGUGGAGGUUGCGGUAGUGUUGCACUCAACAGAUAAUCACCUUGGAAAAAUGUGCGUGGUUUCUGGGUUUGCAGUGUGUACAUGUGAAGCACGUGGCUUCACCUGUACAAACGGCGUAGCCAAAAAGCUUAGUA